UAAUUAUAAGCAACUACCUGCAAAUAUGGUGCACAUCGAGCAAAACAAGAUUAGCCUUUGCCUUCUAAUACUGUCGUGCUUUUUAAACCAUGCAUUAUGUGCACACUCCAUUUCAUCACAAAACCAAAACAUAAACAUAAAUAAUGAUAUAUUAAUAGGCGUGGGAAUCAUUCUAAAUAUGGAGUCACCAAUGGGGAAGGCCAUUCACAGUUGCAUUACCAUGGCCAUAUCUGAUUUUUAUGCUCUUCGUCACAGCUAUAAAACAAGGAUAGUUAUUCACACUAGGGACUCCGAGGGAGACCCAGAUAAAGCUCUUUCAUCUGUAUAUAAUCUGCUUAAAAAAGCGAAGGUGCAAGCUAUCAUAGGCCCAGAAACGCAUCUUCCGUCGAAGUUAUUGUCCUUGGCUGCUGAUAAAGCUGCAGUUCCUAUAUUUUCUUUUGCCAGUCCGUCCUCAAGAGAACACCCAUACUUGUUCCAAAUCAAACAAGAUGAAUCCAGUAUGGCCAAAAGCAUUGCUGCCCUUGUGAAAUCAUAUAAUUGGAUGAAUGUUAUCUUUGUUCAUGAGGACAACGAUGAUGGCACGGAGAUCUUAAAAUAUCUGGCUGGGUCAUUCCAAGAGAAAAACAUCCGUAUCAGUUAUAGAAGUUCCAUUUCUGCCUCAGCCACGUAUGAUAGCAUCACCCAAGAUUUGCGUAAGAUCAUGACGUUUCAUACAGCUGUAAUUAUCAUACAUGUGUCUCCUGCACUAGCAUCUAGCCUUAUCUUAAAUGCAAAAAGGUUAGGAAUGGUUAGUGAAGGAUAUGCAUGGAUUUUAACUGAAAAAACAGUUGACCUCUUGCGAUCAACAAACUUUACUGUCAUUGAGUCGUCACAAGGUGCACUAGGUUUUAGGUCGUAUGUUCCACCAUCAGACAGGCUGCAUAGCUUAACAACAAAAUGGCACAAUUUCUUUUACAGAAAUAAUUUCACCUCAAUAACAAAAGAAGUGCCUGUGCCUGCGUUAUGGGCAUACGAUACAAUUUGGGCCCUUGCGGAGUCUGUAGAGAAGGUUGGAGUCCCACAUAAUGGUUCUAUGCUUUUACAUGAAGUUUUGAAAAUCAGAUUUAAGGGUAUAAGUGGUGAUUUUAAGCUUAGUGAAGGAAAAGUAUUAUCCAAUGGAUAUGAGAUUAUGAAUGCGGUAGACAAUGGUGAGAGGAGAGUAGGAUAUUGGACAUUAUCAGAAGGGAUUAGGAGAGCACACCCGCAUAUUAACAUCGACCGUUUAUAUCCUAGUCUAGGUUCUGAAGCUGUUGUCUGGCCCGGAGGGUCUACAACUACUCCAAAAGGAUGGGUGUUACGAGCAACUCCCAGUAACAGGUUAAAAAUUGGUGUUCUGAAGACUAAAAACUUUAGGUAUUUCAUGGAUGUAGAACAUGAUGUUAAGAAAAAUGUCACAACUGCCACUGGGUUCUCCAUGGAUGUAUUUAAUACUUGCAUUCGUGCAUUGCCAUAUGAAGUGCCAUACACAUUCAUUUCAUUUGAGAAUUGCACUUACGACGAUCUUGUGCAGAAGGUGUACAAUGAGGAAAUUGAUGCAGUCGUAGGUGAUUCAACAAUUUUGGCCAACAGAUCUGAGUAUGUUGACUUUACAGCAACUUACACUGACUUGGGUGUAGGAACACUAGCCAGAAUCAAGAAGAAAGACAUAUGGUUCUUCUUGAGGCCGCUGAUGGACAUUUAUCUAUGGCUAGUUGCUAUUGGUUCUCUUAUCUUCAAUGGCUUCAUUGUUUGGGCUAUCGAACGUAUGAAUCCAGAUUCCAAUGGUUCAACAACUCAGCAAAAUGGAAGACUACUAUCCGGCUGGACCUUUCUAUUGACCAUUUUAUUUGUUCAAAGAGAUAACCUUUCCAGGAAUCUGUCAAAAUUUGUAAUGUUCGUCUGGUUCAUUGUGGUGCUUAUCUUGUUCACGGGCUACGAUGCCUUUUUGACUUCACAGUUGACAGUAGAGCAAUUUGAAUCGGCAACAAAGGGAGGACUUGUGGGGUUUCAUGGAGGCGAUUUUAUGAAAGGAGUGACAGUCAACAACAUGCACUUUGAAAACUGGAAGCACAGUCCAUACUACUCAUACCAGGAUUAUGCUCAUGCUUUAUCAGAAGAUGGUGAUGCUGAUGCCAUUGUUGAUGAAAUUCCAUACAUCAAGAUGUUUCUUAGCAGGUACUCUGGUGAUUAUGGUUUGGUCUCCUCUCAACCUAUCACUUCUGGUUUUGCCUUUAUAUUCCAAAAAGGUUCGCCGCUUGUUGAAGACGUGUCAAGAGAAAUCGCCAGGAUAAGAUUAGACGGAACUCUAGGAAGUUUGGAAAACAAGUGGUAUGAGAAUCGAAUGUCUCUUCCUUCCAGAAAUUCUACAAUUCCCCACGCCGUGACGCUUGACAAAUUUGGUGGUCUAUUUAUUAUUAGUGCGGUCACUUCUACUCUAACCUUUAUGGUCUCUUUAAGUUACCUAAUUGGUACUAGAUUCCACCAGUUCCAACAAAUGUUAGCCCAAUUCCGGUGAUUUGAUGACUACUAUGUUUUUUACUCUUUUUUUUUUUUUUUUAAUAAAUGCCUUGGGAGAAAUGCUAAUUUUGAUUUAGCAAUUGAUGUUUCAGUGAAACGACCCAAAAAUAUGACUCGAAAAUUUCUUUAAAAACAUUACUAAAAUCACGUUUAUAAAAACUGUAUCAUAAGUCAUAACAUAAUUUCUCGAGUAUUGAUUCAAAACAUAAUAUCAUUAUCAGAGUCAAACAUUCCCAGGCUAACUGUCUAUGGUGUGUGCACUGCAAUCUUCCCGAGCUCCUCCUUUGAAAAACUGAGUACCUGAAACCAAAACUGAAAACCGUAAGCACGAAGCUUAGUGAGCUCCCUCAAACUACCACAUACCAUGCAAUAACAUAUAAAGCACAUACUGGGGCCUUGCCCCCUCCA